UCAUGAUUCAGUGCACCGCCUGUACAUUUAUAGACUGGUUGUAAAACGUCACUACUUGUUAGGAAUCGACAGUUCUGUGCCAAACCCGAACAGGAGCUGUCUCUGAGUGCUUAUGAUGUUUCGAAGGGUAAUUCUGGUGCCUGUGCUGGUGUUGGUGGCUGCAGCGUCCGUGACGGCACAGCUUUAUCAAGUUGAAAAACAUGGUUUUGAAAAGCCACUAGUGUUUCUGAACUUCGCCACUGAAGAACCGCCAUUAUUUGAAGCGCCGUCAGAGGAAGUGUGUGAUUGGGAACUUGACACAGAGGUCUGUGUUAAGAGGUUGCUGGAGAAAGAGGGCGACAAAAAGAUAAAGAGAGGGUGGGUGAAUUUAAGAGCAAGGCAUCAAAACCAUACGUUAUAUUGGAAGGAUAACUUGGAUUUGUGGAAGACUAUGACGGUCAAGAUCCAACAAAGGAUGGGUGAACUAAAAGAAACGAAAGCGAAAGAACGGGAACUUUUGAAACGGAGGCUAGAAGAGCAGCUAUUGAAGAUGGAAGAAGAGGAGAAAAAAAAGGAAGAAACAGAGGGGAAAAAGUUGAAGGAAUCACCAGGCUUAGGGGGUCUGAGUAAAGCUGAGAUGAGACGUAAGUUGGAGGAACUCAAACAGAAGAUUAGAGCGGAGUGGCAAAAGAAAAUCGUUGAACUGGAACUUACGAUGAAAGCGAUGUUGGCACAAAUUUAAUGCAUCAAUGGAGGAAACAGGUGCUAAUGGGAAGAACAGGAAUAGCUAUAUCAACAGAAAUUUAUUAUUGGAUAAAUGUUUGAUGAAGAACAUUCGCCCACUUUGCACCUUUUAAUAAAGGAUAUUGUUGAAGACAUUGUUCCUGUCUCCAGGAAAGGCUACAGACAUUGUACUUUUAUUUCGCCCCCCCCCCCCCACUUCCUCCCUCAAGCAAGCCAUAUUAACCCGUUGCGUUGAAUAAAGGACUAGUAUAUA